AGCUUUAUCUAGAUAAACCAUAAAGAUAAGAUUUUUCAAAGAAUUGAUGAGUAAAGAAGUAUUUGAAGUUAUAAACAAUAUAGAUUUUCAGAGACGCCCUUUACGUACAUAUCAAAGACAAAAAACACCAGAUCUUGAGACAAUUGAGGGGAAAAAAAGAGAAAUAAAGACUCCUUUAUCAUUGUGUUUAAAGCGUUAUUAUAAUGAAAAUUUUGAAGUCGAAGAUCCGCGUAAAAUACAUUCUUCUCCAAUUAAAUCAGUCAAUUCAACAGAAAAAAACCGUGUAUAUGAAUGGAAAUUAGGUAAAAAGAAGGAUAAUCAUAAAAAAAGAAAAAUAUUUGAAGCAAAAACGAAAUUUACGCAGCUCUGUUUAGAUUUACUUCCUUCUAGAGUUACAUGUUCUGAAUGUGGAAUGUCAUAUACAAAAGGAUCAGCAGAUGAUGAAACAGUUCAUGUAAAAUUUCAUGCAAAAUCUAUUGGAGGAAUUGAUUACCCGAUUACAAAUUCAAUUAAAGAAAUUUGGAGGGAAAAUUUCACUUCAAAUAAAAUUAUUAUGAUUACUAUGUCUUCACCACUUAGUGAAAUAAAGAAAGCAAAGAAAGUUUUAAGCGUUGUUGAUUUAGAACUUGGAAGUGCAAGUCCGUUUCCUAGUUCUAUGAAUGAACACGAUCAUCUAGCAAAACAAUACAAAUUCUUUCUUUAUUUGAAAGGGAAAAAGUGUAUUGGUCUUAUUUUAGUGGAACCUAUUCAGUCGGCAUAUCCGGUUUAUCCUUCAUCCUCACAAUCAACUUCUAUUACUUUAAAACCGGAGGCUCUAUCAACUUAUAUUAUGGGCGUUUCACGUAUAUGGGUGUGUAGAACUUAUAGAAGAGGAAAAAUUGCUACUUUGUUGCUGGACAUUGCCUGCAAUCAUUUUAUUUAUGGAAUGACUGUUAAAAAACAUGAAGUAGCUUUUAGUCAACCAAGCGAAAGUGGAAAACUAUUUAUUGAGAACUGGGCUGGCAAGAAUUUUAGCGUUUAUAUAGAAAAUUAAGGAACUGAAUUUUUCACGGGUUUAUAGGCAAUAUAGGAGAAUUAUU